AUGGUCGGCAGUUGUCGUGCUGAUGUCGUGAAGGUGACGACCUCGGGGCUUAUUCGUGGGUUUGUAAACUCUCAUAACGGAGUGGAUGUGGAGACAUACCUCGGUGUACCCUACGCCACGCCCCCCGUUGGUGCCUUGCGGCUCCGUAACCCUGUGGUACCCCACCCGACGUGGGACGGAAUCCGGAAUGCCACGGCAACCGGACCGGAUUGUCCGGACGCGCGGCAUUCCGUCUGGGACGAGGACUGCCUCCACGCGAACGUCUACGUCCCCCGGAAAACUCCGGACGACAUUCUCCCCGUCAUGGUGUACAUCCACGGGGGAGGGUUCCAACACAAGGCCACUACCGCAGACCCUACAGCCUUCGCUGCCACCGGUAACGUCAUAGUCGUCGCCAUCAACUACCGCACAAACGUUUUCGGGUUCUUCAGCACGGGUGACGAAGCCGCUCGGGGGAACUUCGGUCUCAUGGACCAGCGGGCCGCGAUCGUGUGGACGAAAGAAAACAUCGCAGCGUUCGGAGGCAACCCGCACGCCAUCACAAUCUACGGGCGGUCCGCGGGCGGAGAGUCGGUGGGAUUCCAGCAGUUGUCCCCGCUGAACAACGGUCUGUACCUGCGGGCCAUCUCAUGCAGCGCCGUGGCUCUUACGCCGGGAAUCCUCACCAAACGCCCUUCGGAAACCUCGACGCAUCUCGUCAACCUCUUGAACUGCACGGCGGAUGACAAGCUUCAAGAGGUAGAAUGCCUGCGCAGUGUCAACGCCGAGGAUCUCCUAACGUACGCCUUACAAACCCCGCCGGCGUCGGACUCCAUCUACACGUGGCUGCCCGUGGUGGACGGCACCUUCCUCACAGACACUCCGGAGAACUUACUCCGCUCCGGAGCACUGAAGAACCGCGACUACCUCGUGGGCAACGUCAAUAGCGAGGGAUCCGUAUCCGGAACUGCAGUCUACCGUGCCGUCACGUCGGUGGAUGCCUUCGUCACCACGGCUCGGUCUAAACUCUCCACAACAUUUCCGGACAAUUUAGAAAACGUCGUCGAGGCCACCAAGUACGCAUACUGUUACGAUGUCGACAAUAACGUUAAUCCUAACCUCCCAGCUCGGUACGUGGAUUUCUACGGAGAGUGGCGCUUCGUGGCCUCCACCGUCCUCACGGCAGACAUUUAUGCCAAGCUUGGACACAACACGUACUACUUCUACUUCACGCAUCGCCCGUCCUACUCCGCUAGGGACGAUUUCAUUGGCUGUGCUCAUGGAGAGGAGAAGUUCUUCCUCUUCGGCCUGACUCGUGACGUCACUGAUGACGAAAUGGAACUGAGCACGAAUAUGAUGACGUACUUCGCAAACUUCGUUCGAUCUGGAGACCCGAACUACCCAGAUCCGGUACCGGUUGAGUGGCCCCGCUACAACUCCACCAACCGACCAUAUUUGGAGCUUGGCGUCAACAUGACGUCAGGAAACGUCCAGACCGACCUGCUGUCGUCACAAAUGUUCUUCUGGAACAGAGUCAUUCCGUCCAUCAACGCAGCAGGCGUCACACCGGAAGUGGUGGUGGAACAAACGACGCCAUUGGCUCCUCUUCGUACUACGUCAUCUCCGAAAGGAACCGAAGAUGGUCAGUCGGGCACGAACUUUGCCGAAGUGCUCCGAAGCACGCAGGCUGUGAUGUACACCGUGUUGGGAAUCGCGAUUUCUCUGCUGUUGCUGCUGAUCAUCUUAGCAUUUGUUUACCAACACGGUCUCAGGAAGGUAAACAAACGUAUUAAGAAAACAAUGGACCAUAAUGCAAUGUCAUAAUCAAAAUCGUAAGUCUGUUGUGUGACACAAUGUACGAAAUAUUAAUUUUCAAUCCGAGCAAGUUAU